AUGGAGAUCUCUCAAGUAAAACUAGUUCCAGUCCUACUUUUCAUCCUUCUCAAUUCAGUUUGGUGCACAACUUCAAACUCCAUUUCUGAAAGCUUUCUUCAAUGCUUUUCCUCCCACGUACCUUCAAACUCAAGCAGCAAAAUUAUUAUCACCAAAAACAGUCCUGCUUAUUACCCAGUCUUCCAAUUUUCCGUACAGAAUCUCAGAUUCUUAAACACUCCAACACCAAAACCAGAAGUUAUCAUUACUCCUUUUAAACACUCUCAUGUUCAAGCGGCUGUAAUUUGUGCCAAGAAAGUGGGCAUACAAAUAAGAACCCGAAGUGGGGGGCAUGACUACGAGGGCCUAUCUUAUGUGUCGAUAGCUCCUUUCAUCCUGAUCGAUCUUUUCGAACUUCGGUCCAUUGAUAUUGACAUAGAGAAUGAGAUCGCUUGGGUCGAGUCUGGUGCUACUCUCGGGGAGUUAUAUUACGCAAUUGCACAAAAGAGUAACGUCCAUGGCUUUCCAGCAGGGACUUGUCCAACUGUUGGUGUGGGGGGGCAUAUUAGUGGAGGUGGAUAUGGUACCUUGUUCAGGAAGUAUGGUAUGGCAGCUGACCAUGUCCUUGAUGCUAAGAUUGUCGACGUUAAUGGCAGAGUUCUUGACAGAAAAUCCAUGGGAGAAGAACUCUUUUGGGCUAUUAGAGGAGGCGGAGGCGCAAGCUUUGGAGUCAUUCUAUCAUGGAAACUUGGGUUGGUUCCGGUUCCUCCAAUUGUAACAACUUUCGUGCAAUCAAAGACCAUGGAAGAAGGUGCAACCGAUCUUGUUUAUAAAUGCCAAACAAUAGCAGAUUGGAUGCCUGAAGGGUAUUUCCUGCGUGUGGUUUUAGGAGCUACAAAUGGUACAAACGGUGGAAAAACUAUUGAAGUUGAAUUCAGUUUCUUGUUUCUUGAGACUUACGAGGAACUUCUUCCUUGGAUGGAAGAACACUUACCAGAGUUCAAUUUAAGCCGGUCCGCAUUCACUGAAAUGAGUUGGAUUCAGUCUGUUCUAUCUUCCGCUAGCUACUCAAUAAAUGAUACAGAAGCUCUGCUUAACCGGAGUCAACAAUCUAGGAGCUUCUUCAAAGGAAAAUUGGACUACGUGACAGAACCAAUUUCAGAAGCUGGCAUGGAAGGUUUAUAUCAGAUAAUGUUUCAACUAGACGCAUCCACGGUGAUACUGACACCUUUUGGCGGAAUAAUGAAUGAGAUUUCCGAAUCAGAAAUUCCUUUCCCACAUAGAAAAGGAAACUUAUAUGAAAUCCAGUAUUUUGUCAGUUGGGAUGAAGACGAAGAAAGUGAGAAAGAUGUUAGCUGGACAAGACUGGUGUAUGGCUACAUGGCACCAUAUGUUUCCAAGUCCCCAAGAGGUGCCUAUUUGAACUGCAGGGAUCUUGACUUGGGGAUAAACAAGGAUGCCAACACAAGCUAUGCAGAAGCAAGCAUUUGGGGUUUGAGCUACUUCAAGAAUAACUUCAGGAGACUUGCUCAAGUGAAGACCGUAGUUGAUCCUGGUAACUUCUUUAGAAAUGAACAAACCAUCCCUGUGUUACGAUCUGGAAAAAUGAAAUACCAACAACAACUAGAUGCGUCUCUGUAA